AUGAGGAAAGGAAAAGCGGGGGAAAAGAGGGAAAAGAGCCGGGAGAGAGGUGGGCGAGGACCCGGGCGAGGGCACGGCCAGGCUCCCGGCCGGCCAAAGGAGGCUCGCGGAAGCAGCAGCUGCCGCCCGACCGCAGCUGGAUUUUGAAGAUUGAUCCAAGGGACUGUAUUAAUUUCAGGAAUUGAUUUGAAAGACACUGGCUCUGCCACUUAACAGCCAUGUAACCUUGGACAUGGAAGAAAGCAGCAGCAUCGCCAUGUUGGUGCCAGAUAUUGGGGAACAGGAAGCUAUAUUGACUGCUGAAACUGUCAUCAGUUCAUCAUUGGAAAUUGAUGAACAAAGAAAAGCUAAAACAGAUCCAUUAAUCCACGUUAUCCAAAAGUUAAGCAAGAUAGUAGAACAUGAAAAGUCACAAAAAUGUCUUUUGAUUGGGAAAAAACGGUCACGUUCAAAUACUGCAACACGCUCUCUUGAAAGUCAAGAAUCUUGUGAGAUCCCCGCUAAAGUAACCCAGUCACCUGCUGCUGCUCUUCAAAGGGCUGAGAUGUCACAAAUCCAUUUAACCCCUGAUUCUUUUGCCCAGAAUGAUGGGAAAGCUAUGUCUUACCAAUGUAGCCUUUGUAAGUUUCUGUCGUCGUCUUUUUCCGUAUUAAAAGAUCACGUCAGGCAGCAUGGUCAGCAGGAUGAAGUGUUGUUAAUGUGCUCCGAAUGCCAUAUCACAUCCAAAAGCCAAGAGGAACUUGAAGCCCACGUGGUGAACGACCACGAAAACGAUGCCAACGGUCACAGUCAACCCAAAGCCCAACAGUGCGGAAGCCCCACUGACUCCUUGUGUCAGAGAACCUCAGAAAGAAAUACCGAAACCAUUCCUGACAACCCAGUCAGUGUGGACAACCCACCACAGACUCACACAGUCCAGACGGCAUCCGUGGCAGAAAUGGGCAGGAGGAAAUGGUAUGCCUAUGAGCAGUAUGGCAUGUAUCGAUGCUUGUUUUGUAGUUACACUUGUGGCCAGCAGAGAAUGUUGAAAACACAUGCUUGGAAACACGCUGGGGAGGUUGACUGCUCCUACCCAAUCUUUGAAAAUGAAAGUGAGCCCCUGGGCCUGCUGGAUUCUUCGGUGGCUGCUGCAGCCGGCGGGGUCGACGCAGUCGUCAUUGCAAUCGGAGACAACGAACUGAGCAUCCACAACGGGCCAUCGGUGCAAGUGCAGAUUUGCAGCUCAGAGCCCUUAUCAUCUUCAUCUCCUUUAGAGCAGAAUGCGGAAGAGGGGGUUCACCUAAGUCAGUCAGUUACCCUCGAUGCCAACGAGGAAGAAGUGCUAGAGGUGGCUUCGGAUGCAGAGGAGAAUCUGGUGGCCGACAGCCUACUUUCCUCAGCACAGAAGAUCAUCAGCAGUAGCCCGAACAAAAAAGGCCACGUUAACGUGAUCGUGGAGCGGCUGCCAAGUGCCGAAGAAACUCUGUCACAGAAACAUUUCCUCAUGAACACCGAAAUUGAAGAGGGCAAAAACCUGAGCUCGACGGAAGCCAAGCUUGAGUGUGAAGGAAGCGACGACGUCUAUCAUGCCGAGAAGUGUACCGUGGACAUCGGGGGGUUGAUCAUAGGCUGGAGCAACACAGAGAAGAAAGAUGGCGAGUUAAUAAAUAAAGGGCUGCCUACCGAUGAGAAUGCCCCACCAGGCCGGAGAAGGACAAAUUCCGAGUCUCUCAGGCUGCACUCGUUGGCUGCAGAAGCCCUGGUCACCAUGCCUAUAAGAGCCGUGGAGCUCACACGAGCCAACCUUGGGCACUACGGGAACAUCAACCUCCUAGAUCCAGACACCGGACAAAGGCAAGUAGACAGUACGUUGGCAGCAUAUUCUAAAAUGAUGUCCCCACUUAAAACCUCUUCAGAGGGGUUAACGAGCUUCAACCAAAGCAACCCUACCUUGGUGGCACUCCCGGAGGGUAGGCAGGAAUUGUCAGACGGGCAGGUAAAGACAGGCAUCAGCAUGUCCCUGCUCACCGUGAUUGAAAAAUUACGGGAAAGGACAGACCAAAACGCUUCCGAUGACGACAUUUUGAAAGAGUUGCAAGACAACGCCCAGUGCCAACCCAACAGCGACACGGGUUUGUCGGGAAGUAGCGUGGUGGAGUACAUCCCUAACGCCGACCGGCCCUACCGCUGCCGCCUGUGUCACUACACCAGCGGCAACAAGGGCUACAUCAAGCAGCACCUGCGAGUCCACCGGCAGAGACAGCCCUAUCAGUGUCCUAUCUGUGAGCACAUAGCGGACAACAGCAAAGACUUGGAGAGCCACAUGAUCAACCACUGUAAAGCACGAAUAUACCAGUGCAAGCAGUGUGAGGAGUCCUUCCAUUAUAAGAGUCAACUGAGGAACCAUGAGAGAGAGCAGCACAGUCUUCCAGAUACCUUGUCAAUAGCAACCUCUAAUGAGUCAAGAAUUUCCAGCGAUAUGCCUGAUGGAAAAUGUGCUCAGGAAGGGAAUAAGUCUUCGGCCCAGAAACAGUACAGAUGUGAUGUGUGUGAAUAUACAAGUACUACGUAUGUUGGUGUCAGAAACCAUAGACGAAUCCAUAACUCUGAUAAGCCUUACAGAUGUUCUUUGUGUGGGUAUGUAUGCAGCCAUCCUCCUUCUUUGAAGUCUCACAUGUGGAAGCAUGCCAGUGACCAAAAUUAUAACUACGAACAAGUAAACAAGGCUAUUAAUGAUGCGAUCUCACAAAGUGGCAGAGUUCGAGGGAAAUCCCCUGGAAAGACUCUGUUAAACAGCAGUGAAGAAAGAGCCAAUUCUCUUACUGGAAGUUCAGAAAAUUUGGUGUCAUCCUCCGAGCUGAUUUCUCAGGCUCCCAGUGAAGUCAUAGGUCCUAAUGAGAGUGAGAAACUGAGCCCUACAAGUAAUACCUCAUACAGUUUAGAAAAAAACUCCAGUCUGGCCCCUCCUGGUAUGGAGUAUUGUGUUUUACUCUUCUGUUGCUGUAUUUGUGGUUUUGAAUCUACCAGCAAAGAAAAUCUCUUGGAUCAUAUGAAAGAGCAUGAGGGUGAAAUUGUAAACAUCAUCCUAAAUAAGGACCACAGCACAGCUGUAAACACAAAUUAGAUGGAGUAAUUACCCGAAGAGGAAAACGGUAGAAGAGGAAUCCUUUAAAUCAGUUUCACCUUUGCACUGUCCAGUAACUUACUAGAUACAGAGGAAGUGGUGUGAUUUUUGAGGACAUGACCAUGUGACUUUGGAACCAAAUUUGUAAUGUAAUAGAAGGAAUUCCAAAUGGA